CUGCACAGUGGGACGUGCUGAUGAUUGCACCCAAUCUAAUGUGCAUUUUAUCUUUAAACAGGGGGCAGGAAAGUGCAGGCAUUGUGACCAGUGAUGGAAGUGCUGUAUCCACAUAUAAAGCACAUAAGGGUAUGGGUCUAGUCAACCACGUGUUCAGUGAGGAGUGUCUGAAGAAGCUGAACAUGAGUAAUUUGGGAAUUGGCCACACAAGAUAUUCUACAUCUGGAAAUUCAGCUCUAGAAAACUGCCAGCCAUUUGUGGUUGAAACGCUGCAUGGAAAGAUUGCAGUAGCUCAUAACGGGGAGCUUGUAAAUGCAGCCCAACUAAAGAAGAAGUUGAUGCGUCACGGUGUUGGCCUGUCCACAAGCUCUGACAGUGAACUGAUCAUACAGCUCCUGGCCUUCACACCUCCUAUGGAAGAAGAUCACUCUGCUGACUGGGUGGCACGAAUAAAGAACUUGAUGAAUGAGACCCCAACUUCGUACUCACUUCUCAUCAUGCACAAUGACGUUAUCUAUGCUGUACGUGAUCCCUAUGGCAAUCGUCCGCUCUGCAUCGGGCGGCUCAUUCCUGUGACAAAUGAAAAAAGAGUGAAAAACCCAUUGGAGACGGAGGGUUGGGUAGUGUCCUCUGAAUCCUGUAGCUUUCUCUCCAUUGGUGCAGAGUACUACCGUGAAGUCCUACCUGGGGAGAUAGUGAAAAUCUCUCGUGAUGGCGUACAGACUCUGGAUAUUGUGCCCAGAUACCGAGAGAAAGACCCAUCUGCUUUCUGUAUCUUUGAGUAUGUUUACUUUGCUCGGCCCGACUCCAUUUUUGAAGGUCAGAUGGUGUAUUCAGUCAGAAGAAGGUGUGGACAACAGCUGGCUAUUGAGGCCCCAGUAGAGGCUGACCUGGUCAGCACUGUGCCAGAAUCUGCAACACCUGCAGCUCUUGGUUAUGCAGAGAAGUGUGGUAUGCAGUAUGUGGAAGUGCUCUGUAAAAAUCGCUAUGUCGGUCGCACCUUCAUUCAGCCAAACAUGAGGCUACGGCAGCUUGGUGUGGCUAAAAAGUUUGGCGUCCUGUCGGACAACUUUGUUGGCAAGAGAAUAGUUCUGAUUGAUGACUCCAUUGUACGAGGAAACACAAUUUCUCCCAUUAUUAAGCUGCUGAAGGAUUCUGGAGCCAAAGAGGUUCACAUAAGAGUGGCUUCUCCACCAAUAAGGCAUCCCUGUUAUAUGGGAAUAAAUAUUCCGACAAAAGAAGAACUGAUUGCGAACCGCCCAGAGUUCAACGACCUGGCAGGGUAUAUUGGUGCAAACAGUGUGGUUUACCUGUCUGUGGAAGGACUCACUUCUGCCGUGCGUGAAGGCAUUAAACAUUUCAAAGAUCAACAGAAUGGAUUAAAUGGCACAAACGCGUGCGCCACUUCCCAAGGCCACUGUACAGCAUGCCUUACCGGAGAGUACCCAGUGGAACUGGAAUGGUGACCUCCUCCAAGUCGCGUCAGCUCAUCGUCUUUGAUCUUCCCAGUUGGACAAUGGGGCUCACUGAAGUAGAGAGAAGUGGGGGUGUUACCCGUAGCAGCCUGUGAAACUCUUUUUAUUUUCUUUCAAUGCAGAUUAACCCCUUUACUUUUAUCUUUGUUACUGUGGGCGACGAUGCGGUGCCUUUUUUUUUUUUUUUUUAAUAUGAGUCCGGCUGUUUUAUUUAUUUUUAGAUGAAUGACUGCUGCUACCACAGAAUAAUUGUCAGGGGCGUCUUUCCACUGACAAAAUGUGGACCGACUUUUUGAUGGAACUUUUGAAUUCUGUAAAUCGCCUUUUUUCUGGCCUUUGUUCUUAAAGAGGAUCCGUCACCAGUCCUGACAUGUCUGUUAUUAUAUACAUCUUUUCUCAUAACUCUACUCUUUGCUGUUCCUCUAUUAUUCCUCCUGAAUGUCUAAAUUGACAACUGUGUGUAUCCUAAGGCCUCUUUCACACGGGCGAGUAUUCCGUGCGGAUGCAAUGCGUGAGUUGAACGCAUUGGACCCGCACU